AUGAACAGUGCAGCAACAACCGACGCGUCUCCGGCGAGCUCAUCGAGCAGCGGGCAUGUUUCUGACCACCGCGCGGCAAGCUUGGGUGCUACUUCAACUGCACAGAAGGACCGCCGCGUCCCAUUAGCUUGCCUCCGCUGUCGUGCAAAGCGGGCGCGCUGCUCUGGAGUGCGUCCGCGUUGCAAGGCUUGCGAAACGGCUAAUGUUGAAUGCCAAUGGCCGGACGGUCGCAAGAGAAAGCGGACCAGGAAAGAAAUGGAGGAAGCAGAGCGCCUAGAACGCGAAGCUGCUGUUGCAGCAGCUGUUGAACGAGGACAGCAGACAGCACGACCGCCCCGACGCCCUGCAGCCUAUCCUCCCCAUCCCGUACAACAAAAUGUGCCAAGAAAUGCUAGUUGGGAAUGUAAUGGAGGUUCUGGUCAUCGAGCACUCACCGCGGUGCCGAGCAAUAUGACUGCGUACAGUCAAUGGCAUAAUUCUGUGACACCAACCCAACCCUAUGUCUGGCCACCGCAAAACUCUGCAAGUUCAGCGAGUCCGGGUGCUUGUACCAACAGCACAUUCGGCGACUCCGCAUCCGAAAUUCUCGCAUUCACAGGUUUAGAUCCCAAUUCAAAUGAGCAAUUGAUGCGUGCGCUGCAGUCACAAACUGCUUUCGUCGAUGGAGAUCCCGACACCAAAGAGGACCUCGAAUUGUAUUACUACCGCCUCGCCGGCUCAACGGCGAUCCACCCAGGAAUCAAUCGUAUCUCAUUGAAAUUACAACCACGACCCCCGCUCGUUGCCAGCGCACCUGUGCCCAGUGACCAAAAUGUGCCUCCUCCAUCAUCUUGGCCGGAGCAAAUCUUCGACGAGAAUUGUAUGCCCGUUCCGAGCGUUCACCUUCCUCUUCUCGAUACGUUUUUCCGAACAAUGAGCCAACACUUUCCAAGCAUAAGUAAGAAGCGUAUGCAGGAGCGUCUUGAAACGGGGACGAUGUCCGCAUUUUUCAUGAAUUGUACGCACGUUGCCGCUUCUUUUGUGACCAUCAAUGUCUACUUCUCCCGAUAUCCGGGGUUCUUCAGGGUCCUUCUAGCUUACACAAAUUUUCGAAGGUUUCAUCCGGGUACAGAAGGCAGAGCUGCGGAGGCUUCUGCUCCAUUUAUAACAAAGGCACAGGAGCUCGUCGUUCCGCUAGUACAUCUCCCUGCACAUGACACGGUGACUGGCCUUCUUCUCUUGGCAUGGGCUUCUUAUGGUCAGAAUUCUGAAGCUGCAUUGUGGCAAUACUCGGGUAUGGCCUUCCGCAUGUCCGCGGAUUUGGGCCUACAUGGGGUUUCUGACCUCUAUGAAUCAAGAGCACAUGUUGUCCGAACGAGAUUACUCUUUUGGAGCCUGUUCAUAACUGAUCGGAUCGUAUCUUUCGCAAGAGGGCGACCUACUGCAAUUCCGGAGGACAUCAUUGAGAUUCCACUACCCAAGGAUGAGGAUUUCUUUCCCGAUCCUGCGAGGAAUACCGAUCCAAACUCGAGACACGAACUUGUCGAGCCCGUCCCAUUCCAAUAUCUUGCAAGGGCAAUGGUAUUAUGCGGACGAAUCUCGUCCUUCCUCAAUAAUCAAAGAGGACGCCCUUGUACAUUGGUCGGGAUGAGUGAAUCAGACCCCAGCGUCCUCAGUGAACUACAAACCCAGCUUGUUCAGUUCUAUGCCGGGCUUCCCGAAACAAUGAAAUGGAGCGUGGAGAAUUUCAAGCACCAAGAAGCUCGCGGUCAUGGGGGCACUUUCUUAACACUCCAUUUGUGGACAAACGCGGUCAUGUCGCUUGUGUAUCAUCCAGAGUUAAUUGAGAAGUCAGGAGUGCAAGCGCCUCUGACCCAGGCUAUGCAGAGAUCUAUCAGACUCUCGCUUUCGAGUGCUCGUAAUAUUAGCGAGUGUCUAGUAUUUGCAGACCUCUUCUCAUCGGGUGCCUAUCUCGGAAGCCCGUUCUCCGUCCAGCCGAUUUUUGUUGCGUGCCUCGCAUUCAUUCACGAGAUGAAACGUAAUGUCCUGGACCAGAACGUACUUAACUCCGACGCACUGUCGACAGUGUCAGAUGAGCCACCCUCUGCAGAACAAUUCAUGUGUUCGAUUGCGCGACAAAAUCUGGUGAUUUUGAGAAAAGCUUUCCAGCGAAUGGAGCAGUACUGGUCGGGCAUUGCAUAUGUUUCGGGUGUUCUUGAUCACCGCAUGGAAGGCCUCAGUGUUCCGCGAAUAAAUUCAUUCGCCAAAACUAUUCAGACAUUCAUAUCUCUGCCCGAUCAGGGACUUCUUCGUCGAUAUACAGGCAAGAACCUACCCUAUAAUACUGCUCCAGCUACAGAUACGUCUUUGCAAGCGUCUAUCGAACAGGAUGAACUCAACGAAAUAGAGCGAGCAGCAAAUUCCUUGUCCAUGGAGCAAUUGUUCUCACAAUACAGAAUCCGAGAGCUAAUGGUGGAACCAGCGGAUGACUAUGAUAUUGAAAGACUGCUUGGUGCUGGAGCUUUACCCAGUGACGGCCAUCAUAUCAGGCAUACUAUCGGCACUGCUGGCUUGCAUAUGCAAUGA